CGUGCCAAUCCUGUGGGACAUCCGAAAAACAAUGUAGAAUAAAAUAACCCACUUCAUUUUUUCUAAUCCAAUCGAAGAUAUUUCAAGCAACCAAAUUUAUCUUUCGCUGCUUUUUUUUAGCAAAUAGAACAUUUUUUUUCAAAUUUUAACUCCCUUUUUAGUUGAUCUUGUUGCAUGUUUUAUCCUCGAGCGAACUUAAUCUGAGAUUAGCUUGUCGUAACAGACAAGUAUUGAUUUGAAUGAAUUAAAGGUGUCUGCUUUGAAGAUUAUUUUCUAAUUAUAAUAUCGUUUUUGAAUCAGAUAAUCCCAACUUAAGACGUUGCUAGGUCGCUUUUUUCCUCCAAUCAAAUCUCUCUUUGACAAAACAUAUCGCAUCCUGUCUAUUGACAUCUUGUCUGUUCAGUCAUGAAGUUCCUCUCUAGUCUCACAAAUGGGCUGAAGGAGGCAGUGGGCAUCGAGAAAAAGUGGGAGUGGGGAGACGAAGAAAGAGAGUGGUUCCACACUUUCGAGUCAGAGCUGUCUCACUUCAAAACCAAGAUAGAGAAGACAGCUGAGCCAUACUACAAGGACCAGAUGAUGACCCCACUCAUCAGCAGAAGCGACUUCGUUGAGCUGUGCAGGCUAAUUUUGACGAAGGAUUUCGACCUGGAUAAAGAAGACAUGCGAGAUAUCAACUAUGACGAUGUGUUUGACACCCACCUCAAGCAGCAGGGGGGUCAGUUCGGAAGGGACAACCUGGAAGCGGUGUGUCUCACUAAAUGUCUGGCUACUCCCUUCAGAGAGCCAUCCAACUUCUUCUACUUCUUCGCCCUGAGUGACACCAACAAGUCGGGAGGUCUGGACACAGUUGAGUUCAAACGUAUGCUACAGAACAAAUUCAAAUCAGCCGGAAAAGGCAAAGAGGUUAAGAUCGAUCACUUGAUGGAGGAGUACUUCCCCUCCGACGAACAAGACAACGUGCUCUACAACUUCUUCAAGAAGAUCAAGGGCAAGGAUGAAGUGUCCAUUGCAACUUACGUGCAGGCGUUUCCUCAAGAUCUGUUGCAGGAGUGCACGUGCAGUGAAUACAUAGCCCAAUGCGUGGCAUCUCAUUGAAACUAUUUUAGACUUUUGGACUGUUUCCCAUUAAAGUCCUCUCCCUUCUUCCCAUAAUAUGAUCAGAAUCACAACGCUUUGAGCCUUCAUUUUUUACUGGGGAGGGGGUUUAAUAAGAACGAGCCGACUUGUGUUCCAGAUCACAAAAAAAGCAGCCCUUCUUGGGACCCUUUGAAAAUAUACU